AUGAACCGUGCGGUUAUCGACCAGUUUGUGCUGGCCCAAGAGUAUCCAGAAAAGCAUACUGCCACACUACAGAGCAAUGCGUCCGCAAUAAAAUUCAGUGCUACUGGGGACUAUUUGGCCAACGGGACUUUGGAUGGGGAUGUAGUGGUCUAUGAUUGUGAUACUUGGGAGCCGUUACAGAUUUUAAAAGGGCACGGAGGAGUGAUACAAACUCUAUCAUGGUCUUCAUGUUCUAGAUAUUUAUUGAGUGCAUCGCGGGAUUGGCAAUGCAUAUUGUGGGACUUUAAAGAUAUCGAAAAUGGGCCUGCCGCUACGGUCGAUUUGGGGUGUCCUGUUUGGAUGGCCAGUUUACAUCCCCACAAUCAUAAUGUAUUUGUAGCGGCUUUGUUGAACGCCAACCCUGUUUUGGUUACUAUCAAUGAGGAUACGUCUACCAGCAAAUUGACGUUACCUGACGGUGGUAAUGGUAAAGUUCAAGUGGCCCUCUUUUCCCCCACAGGAGACCACGUUAUUUUGGGAUCGAGCAAAGGAGCUAUAAUGAUAGUGACACUUGAGGGCGAGCUCGUUUACUCCACCAAAAUAUCUUCAAGUGCUAUUAUCGAUAUGUGCUAUACCCCAGGUACGGACUUUUUGGUUUGCACAUCAACUGACAGAGCCAUCCGAAAAGUUCAGCUCCCCAAUUUCACAACCUCACCUGAUUCAUGGAACCUGGAAAUAUCACAAAAGUUCAUUGACCUAGUAGAGAAGCAUCAAUGGGUCGCUUCGGCCACCUCGCCAAGUGGAGAACUGAUUUUGGGCACUGGACGAGGAACUAACGACGUUUAUAUGUGGGAGGGUAACUUGGGAUCACUGGUAAAGAUUUUCGAGGGCCCCAAAGAGAAUUUGGCAUGUAUUGACUUCCAGCCAAACCGCCAAUGCUUUGCAACCACUGGCAUCGAUAGCGGAGACAUUCAUAUUUUUACCGCCGAGCAGCCCCAAAAUUGGAGCGCCCUAGCAACAGAUUUCGUUGAAUUGCAUGCUAAUGAAAUAUACACUGAGCGUGAGGAAGAGUUUGAUAUCGUGGACGAAGAUGAGAACUCAAAAAACCUUGAUCUACACAAGGUAGACGUCUGGACCAUUGAAAAGCCCAUCAAACACUUUGUGAUUCCAGUAAAUCUUGAAUAA